UCCACCGGGAUUCCCCCCCGUGAAGACUAACUCAAUCUGAUUUUUAUACACGGAAAUUAUUUAUUUAUUUCGUACGGUUUCGUAGCUUGUUCUAAAUGUUAUCCUAUUUGGUAUUUUGGAAAGUUUUACUGACCACAAGUGCCCUCGGAAAGGUCAUUAACCAUCCUACAAAUUAUGGACUUCGAGAAGUUAGGGAGUAUCCAGCAACCGGAGCUAUGGGUGCCGGACCUUUUGCAUCCAUGGAGCCUCAGAAAUCUCCAUUAUUAGCAGCUACUUACUACUUCGACCCAGUCUCCGGUAGAAGUCAGAAUUUGGAACAACUUGGGCUCAAUACGCAGUCCAUCGUUCGGUCCCUCAGUUCUAAGGAAAACGAAGUAGCAUUGGAAGCCUGCGUAGCAGCCGACGGACGCGAGGGCACGUGCUAUGACGCAUCUUUCUGUAUGGAACUGGGUGGGGUUCCUAUGGGCCAGUGUGAGGACAGUGGUAGCAGUGUGUGCUGUUUGUUUGAGGUAUCGUGUGAUGACGACAGCUAUGAGGAGUUCACCUACUUCAAGAGCCCUUUGUAUCCGCGAGCGUACGAUAAAGAACGGAUGUGCAAGAUCAGAGUGGGAAAGAAAAAAUCUACCAUAUGUCAACUGAGGUUGGACUUUCUGGACCUCGACAUAGCUCGGCCUACCGAAGGCAACUGUUCGCAAGACAUGCUCUUCAUUUCUGGACAAAAUGAAAAUAAUGUCGUCCCGCGGAUUUGUGGUCUAAACACUGGUCAUCACUUUUAUGUGGACGUAGACGAGUCUGGGAUGGUGAGCAUACAAGUGAUGAUGAUCGGCAGUUAUUCCAGAAAAUUCAACAUAAAGAUUACUCAGCUGGAAUGCAAAACUAACAAAAUAGUUCCCGAACACUGUUUGCAAUACUACACCGGAACUCAUGGCGUCAUCAAGAGUUUCAAUUAUGAAGAAGGUGGUGCCACAACGUUCCAGGGUUACCCCAACAACCUGGACUAUACAAUUUGUUUAAAGAAGGAGCCAGGAUUUUGUUCUAUUUCUUACGAACUUGCUUCCGAUGUGACGGGUGUUCAACCGUUUGGCGUAGGUUUGGUCAGUGCGUCCUCGUCUUCAACUGUCACCGGGCCAGUUAGCGCUGAAUGUCCCGACGACUUCUUAGUGAUAGGAGGUAUUCGUCUUUGCAGUGGCCGUAUAGCUGCUUCAACAACUUCCGUCAGAGGGCGUGAAACAAAUACAACUGUUACAGGGCUUUUAACAGACUCAACACCAGGUCCGUUUAUGGUCAGAUUUGUCUCUAAUGGCGUUAACAAUGCUCGUGGUUUUAAUCUACAAUAUCGUCUGAAUCCCUGCAAAUAACUUAUCAAUUAAAAACGAUUUUAAUUUACUGCACUGUAAAAAUGGAAUAAUUUUGUCUCGGAUUUUAGUGACUUAAUCAUGUUUUGUGUGGUCACAUAAAGCUCUUAUCAUUUUCUCGUCUUUAAGGCCUAAUUUUUUGUUCUUUUUACAAUAUGCAUGUUUAUUGUUAGGCCUAUUUAGCAAUAAUAUUUUAAAGCAUUUUCAUGUAAAACGAGAGAGGAUGAUGUUCGAAAUGUUCGUAACAAAAUAAAGAUUUUUAAAAUUAA